AUGAAUUAUCAGAACUAUGAUAAGGCGAUUGUACUGGUCUAUGGUAUCAAGCUAGACGGCUGGCCUGUAGGCCUCCCCUUCAUUGCACCCUCCCACUUGCACGCUGUUGUGGAAUGGAAGAAACUCACUCAACAGGAGAUUGAAGACUUUCAGGAGGAACUCCAGAGGCGUGAAGAAGCAGGAGAGGCCAUCGGUACAGUUCGUAAGAAGUGUGGAGAUGUAGGCAAGCCCCGCAAGCGCAAGGCGCCCACUGUCAUAUCCCGUAUUCCGGACCUACGUCCGAUAUCCGGACCUCCAUACCCUCAUCCAUGA